AAUCCAUCAAGCUCUUUAUAACCAACUCUCAAUCAUCGCAAACACUAUCGUAACAAUGGUCGCUACUACAAUCUUACUUCCUGCCAUCAACCUGGCGCCUUUCAUGAAGGAUCCUACUUCCGAGGCAUCCCUUGCUGAAUGCAAAAAGGCUGCUGAAGCACUUAAAAAAUACUCUGCUUUUGCUGUUCUCGAUCCCAGGGUCUCGGAGAGUGAGAAUACUGCCUUUCUGAACUUGCUCGAAGAUUACUUUGCUCAGGACUAUGAUACCAAGUUGAAAGAUAUCCGUCCCGAUGUCCAUUACCAAGUCGGCGCUACUCCUGAAAAUACCGAAGAGCCUCGUUGUGGUCGUGAUGAAAACUGCAUGUCGUUGGUUGAAAGUAUGAAUGCAGAAGAUCGUCCUCUAGACUUUACCAAGCCUGACAAAAAAUGGCGCUUUUUUUGGCGCAUGGGCGAACGUCCCACUGAAACCAAUUUUCCCGAUUUGAAUGCUGCUCCUGUUAUCCCUGAAGCCAUUCCUGACUGGACAAACCAGAUGAACCACUGGGGAACCCGUAUGCUUGACGCCGUUACCGUCGUUUCUGAAAUGACAGCUACAGGUCUUGGACUUCCACGCGAUGCAUUCUCUUCUCGAGCCAAAUACGGUCCUCAUCUUCUUGCUCCAACUGGCAGUGAUCUUGAGAAAUUUGGUGAAGUUGACUCGGUUCUUGCUGGCUUCCAUACUGAUCUCAACUUCCUCACAAUUCAUGGCAAAUCCCGCUUUCCCGGUCUGCACGUUUGGACCCCAAGUGGCGAAAAGCUUUUGGUAAAGAUUCCCGAUGGGUCAUUGCUGGUACAGGCUGGAAAACAGAUGGAGUGGAUUACUGGUGGUCACAUCAAAGCUGGAUAUCACGAGGUUGUUGUUGUUCCUUCCACUCUUGAUGCUAUUAAGCGUCAGCGUGAAGCAGGUCGUCCUUUAUGGCGCAUUUCAUCUACUCUCUUUUUCCAUCUUGCUUCGGACCAAACGCUUGAGCCUCUUACACCCUUUAGAAACGAAGUUUCUAUCAAAAAAUAUCCUUCCAUGCUCACUGGAGAACAGGUUCAGCUUGAGCUUGGUCUUAUUAGUCUUGCCAAGAAAAACUAGCCUACAUUUUCAUUUAAGCUGUAUUUUUUUCAGAUGGACUAUGCUUGGCAUUGUUUAUUUGAUUUCGAUCCUACAUUUUUACAACCUACAAAUAAAAUGUUGGUCUUGUGAAUAUUGCUCAU